AUGUCGGAAGUGACAGAAACCCAGCCUAUUGUGGGGUCUGUCUCCAUAUUGUUGUACACUGUAGGAUUGUUCGAAGAUUUCAGUAGAAGAGUCACCGACUCGACCACAGGCGGCAGUUCGAGGUCGAUUGGCUCUUUCCAGAACGGUGUCUUGUUGGUAUUGGGCACAAUUGCUGUUCUGAACCAUGGUGCUUCCCAGAGAUCCACCUCGAGGUAG